AUGGCUCCCAAACGCAAGCAAAACUCACAACAGGUAUCCUCGGUGAAGAAGGAGACCAAGCACACCAAAAUGACACGACAAGUCAGAGAAGCAUCCCCGUUCAAAACACUUCCCAUCACGCUGCUUUCGGGAUUCNUUGGUCAGUCCAAAGUAUCAUUCAUCCGACGACAUCGUCUGAUCUUGCAACAGGGAAGCGGCAAGACAACCCUUCUCAGCUACAUCCUCAACUCGAGAGACCAUGGACUAAAGAUCGCGAUGAUUGUCAACGACAUGGCUGCGGUCAAUGUGGACCAAGGCAUCAUCGUCGCAGAUGGAAAGAAGAAAGGUCGAGAAGCAGACAAAAUGAUUGCCAUGCAAAACGGAUGCAUCUGCUGCACGCUUCGUGGUGACUUUGUCAUCGAGCUAGCUAGGAUGGCCAAAGCUGGCGAAUACGACUAUGUUCUGAUCGAGAGUACUGGCAUCAGCGAGCCGCAACAGGUUGCCGAGAGCUUUACUACCGACUUUACUGAGGCAAUGAUGGGGGCCGAUGGCGCUCUCGACCAGUUCGAUGACGAGGAGAAGAAAGUCUUCAACGAGAUUGCUCAGAACGGAGGGUUGAACAAAGUCGCCAGACUCGACACCACAGUUACGGUUGUGGAUGGCUUCAGGUUCUUCGAGGAGUUCGAGACCAUUCAGCUUUUGCACGAACGCUUCCAGUCGGAGGUGGAGACGCCAGAAGACCAACGGACUGUCAGCGAUUUGAUGAUCGACCAGAUCGAAUUCGCUGACGUGAUCAUUGUCAACAAGGUGGAUAACGGCCCGAGCAAAAUAUCCGGUACACCGCUAACGCCUCUUAGANUUGACAUGAUUAACGACGAUGUGCUUGCUCGCAUUCGUGGUCUCCUCAGAACCAUGAACCCCGGAGCAAAGGUGAUCGAGACCAGCCUUCGAGUCUCGAAGCAAUCCGAAAACCCGCAUGGUGUCAAACCUUUGGACGUCAAAGAAAUCAUCGCGACCGGCAUGUACAGCGAAGAGACCUCGAUCAAAAGCUCUGGCUGGCUCAAGAGCAUCAAUGAGAUGUCCAUGAUUGACAAUCAUGGUCGUACGGUCAUGACGCCAAAGCCAGAAACGCUCGACUUUGUCUACCGAGCGAGGAGACCCUUCUCGCCUGGUCGACUGUACGAACUUGUACAUGAUAAGUUUGUCAUCCUGGAGCCACAAGACGAAGACGACGAGGAAGAAGAGGACGAAGUUGAGGAAGAUGCAGACGACAGUCAAGAGCACGAUGAUACAACCAGCGAAUCUGAGAGCGACGAGAAUGAGGUAGACCAAUCUCUGGCAAGAGCACACUCUGACGCUAUCGUUCACUCUUCAGACUCGUCAAGCCUAAAAUCGGCCUCCGAGACCGAUGCCACCUCUGUGGCUUCAGACGAUCAAGCCGCACUCGACAACAAGUAUCCAGACCUCGACCUGCCCACUCGCUUGGCCAACAAGAAGGCCCAUCCUGUAUUUAAACCCCUUCUCCGCUCGAAAGGUUUCAUCUGGCUGGCCACCCGUCCUUUCGUCAGCGGCGACUGGUCGCAAGCAGGAGCGAUGCUCACCGUUUCUGGCGGCCUCAACUGGUUCGCUGUGGUUCCAGAGGAGCAAUGGCCUUCACCCAGCCAAGACGUUACAGAUCUCAUCAAGAAAGAUUUCGAGGGCGAGUGGGGCGACCGCCGACAGGAGAUCGUCUUCAUCGGCGAAGGCAUCGACGUCAAGGCCAUCACAGAACUGUUCGAUGGCUGUCUCUUGAAUGAUGCAGAGAUGAAGAAGUGGGAAAAGAUUAUGAAGAGAAAGAGUUUGACCAACGAGCAAAGAGAGAGUCUGCUGGGUAGGAGUUUCGAAGACGGAUGGGAAGAAUGGCGCAACCCUCUUGACGAGGAAGAGGCCGAGGGUCAUGAUCAUCCUGGUCAUCAUCAUCAUUGA